AUGAACGGCAAGGAGACACUGCAGGAGAGCGGCGGGUAUAAUCGAGGAGGAAUGUCGGAUGAGGAGGCGAGUUUCUUCAAUUUGUGGUUCUUUUCUGGCUCCAGAACUUUAUUUCUCUUGGAAGGUUAUAUUUUUGUUAAGCACGUUGCAUUCGUUCAGGACCCGCUAUUCCAGGAAAGCGAUGACUACUCGACGGAUGAUGAGAUCCAGUACUGCGAUUGCAUUGCGUCAGUCAUUGCUCAGUCUCUGCCCGGCAUGCCUGGAAAGAAAGGGAUUAUUCCGUACGAAGCAGUCUUUGACACGCAAGCCCAGGCACGUAGACGAGGAUAUUGGAUUCCUGGAGUUCCUGUCAAUGCAAAAAUAGUUAAAGUCGAGAGAAACACAUACAGGCGGAUACAUCUAAUCAACAGCUUAUUGUACACUAUUCAGUUAGAACAUGGACAAUUCAAAUGGAGCGUCGUUCGAAACUACAAGGAUUUCACAGCACUAAAUAGUAGAUUAAAAGCGCAUAGAGCUGCCCAACAAAUAUUGGCUCCUGUCCGGAGAGCCCAAGAACGCGUUGAUGCAAUGCUCGAGUCGGUUGGUAUUGAUGUGAUACCGGACCACAAAGAGGAUUGUCCGUACUUCCGUCACAGUCAUCGCAAAAAACGACAUGAUUCACAGUUGCCCGUGCUGAAGCGUGAGGCCGACUUCGAUGGAAAAGCAGGUGUUCCUACUAUUACGUCGCCGGAAAGCUUCUCACCAGAAUUGGAAGAAGCUCGGGUGAAAAUAGGCGAAGCAGUUCAGUCCGGCAUUAUGCAAGAUGAAGGUACUGUAGAAAAACGAAGCAAGAAAAUAAGAACGAGGAAGAAACACACACUCCCCCAUUUCCCUAUUAUUCCCGACUCUAUGGUUUCGAACACAGAAACGAGAAAGGAACAACUAGAAAAUUGGCUUCAAAUGCUGCUGCACAUCCCUAUUAAUAGGAACCACCAUGAAACUGCCGAGUUUCUCGAGGUUUCUCGUUUCUCUUUUGUAAACGAGUUAGGAGGCAAGCACACUGAAGGAUUUGUGAAAAAGCGGCCUGGUGGUGCUCGAGUCUUUCUUGGUUGGAAGCAAUGCUGUGUUCGAUAUCUGCUUCCGUGGAGCAAACGAUGGCUCAUGGUUAGAGACUCGUUCGUGGCUUACAUGGAUCAUAGGACUGAGCGAAUCCGAUUGGUUUUACUCAUGGAUAAGGAUUUCAAAGUAGCUGCGGGUGGAAAAGAGGCUGAUGGUAUACCAACUGGUCUUAUCAUCUUCAAUACACAGCAGUGA